AAGACGAGUAGUCACAAAAUUUGCAACCGAAUUUAUAAUAGUUGCUAUGCGGUCGCUAAUCUGCGACGCUAUUGUAAUAAUUUGCAACUAACACGGUAGUCGCUACUAUUAUUUUUAAUAUUUAUUAAAAAGAAAUAAAAAAAAAACCCUUAGUAUAAUUAAAAAAAAAAAACCCUUAUUCCUAAAAAAAAAAAGGUUAUUGUCGCCAAAAAAAAAACAAGAAUUAUCAAUUAGUCUUAUACUCUUAUUCACCGUCAAAAACAAGAACUAUCAUACUCUUCCUCAAAAAAAAAAAAAAAGUUUCAGAACUUCAAAUCAAGCAUCACCGUCGUCUUCCUCUGCUGCCGUUGCGCCACCACUACUUCACCCAGCUCUCCUCCUCUCAAUGGCAUGUGUACAUCAGGAACAAUGCAAAUAUUGGUUCACAGAUGAUAUGAAAAGAAAAGCAGUUAAUGACAUGUUUGUGGUACUUUCUGACAUAUGGCUAGAUGACGAAGAGACUAUGGUAAAGCUGAAAGAAGUUCUGGAUGGAUAUGAAGCUGUGGAGGUGGUUCCUUCUUUGUUCAUAUUCAUGGGGAGUUUCUUCUCUUCCCCAUGUAAUCUAUCAUUUCAUUCUUUUGCUUCGCUUAGAUCGCAGUUUGGGAAUCUUGGUAAAAUGAUUGCUGAAUAUCCUCGAAUACUAGAGCAAAGCCGGUUUUUAUUUAUUCCUAGCAUUGAUGAUGCAGGCCCCUCGUCUGUUCUCCCAAGGUGUGCUCUUCCAAAGUAUCUAACAAAAGAACUUCAGAAAGAAAUACCAAAUGCCCUUUUUAUGAGCAAUCCUUGCAGGGAGAAUAUAUGGAAAAACUUGAGGAAAUUAAGAACAAAGGAAUUGAGAUAAACCCCGACAAAGUCUAUUUGGAGGUUGUAGGUGGGCAAAAGAAAGGAAAAGUCUACGGUUUAGGGAGUGCUUCACAAAUGUAUUACAAGAGCGAUCCUGCUUCUCAACUUACAGCAUCAUCUUCUACAGCUCUCAAGUUGAAGAAUUAAAGAAGAUGGCAGAAGAAAACCAUAAUAAGGUAGAAGAAAGCCAAAAAAUAGUGGCAGAGAGCUUAAAAUAUGCUAAGGAAUUCGUCGAAAAUCAUGAGAUCGAAAAAGGUACAUGGAAGAAGGAAAAAUUAGCUAUGUAAAAAACAUUGCAAGAAAUGCUAUCACUUGUCAAACAAGGUUACCGUCCUUGUAAGCCUCCUACGCCUACAGUCUCGUGAUACAACUAAGUGAUUUUUAUUUUCUUGGUGGUAAUUUUGUGAACAACUGGUUUUUUUUUUUACAUAGUCAUUAUUGGUUCUUAUUUGAAGUAGCUUUCUUUAUAUGGGAGGUGACUUUUAAAACAAUUAGUCAUUUGAGUUAAAUAUUGUUUUUUAAUACAUUGAUACAAAUUUGAUGAUGUUUUGGAUAUUUGAAUAAAAUUAACAUUUUGGUUAUUUGAAUUUA